GUAAGAAUGAUAUGAAGGCUGACUUACAUGUUCUUCAGAAAAAGAACAUUCAGUUAUUCUAGUGAAAGCUAGUUGCUCAUCAGUAGAAGCCUGUCUUCUGCCAUGUCAUGUAACAUUGCUAGCUAACAUUAUAGAAGUUCCUGUAUUUUUUUUAUUACUAAAAGGUCUUUAUUUUGAAAGACCUAAAGUUUCUCUAUACAAGCCUCAUACUGCACUUCUCACUGGUGCAGUUCUUCUUCUGUAUGUUCUGGUUUGUACAUUGUACGGUUGGAUGUCACUGGGCAACAGAAACAAAACAAAACAAAACAAAACCCCCGUCUGUUUAGUAAUUUCCAUUGUUUGAGUAACCCACUCACUCCACUGAAAUAACUUACAAAGCAAAGUUUUUGCUUAUUAGCUCAUUAGCAGUAGCCAGUUAGCCUUCUCAUUUCCCUGAACAUACCCCUAUCCAGUGAUCAGAUCUAGUGAAUGUAAGGGUUAAAGAUCUUUGCAUAUCUUAACACACAUACUGUACAUUGCAAUCUUUAUAUACAAGUAUGAAUUCUUCUAAUACAAUCUCACAAAUCGAGCUUGGGAAAAUGAGAACUGCUAUGUGUGGUUUUGAUUUUGAGAGGAUGUGGGAAGAUGUGUCCAUCAUGGCAGAAAGACUGGUCAAUUACUCCUUUUUAACUCUCUCACACAACGUUAUUUCCCUUUUUUUAACCCAUCGUUUGUUAUAUGACUGACAUAUUCAUAUACCUGUAAAUCAUCCAGCCUCCAUGUCUUGCAUAUGUAUAUAAACACCACAUGAAGAACUGAAGAUUUAGAAGGUUCCAGAACACGUAGCAGACCCACCUAGCAUGCACAAGAUUACAUUACAUUAAGGAACAGGACACACAAUAUAUCUAGCCAUGUUGUUCAUCUGGGCCGUGUUUGCCGCAAGUCUCCUUCCUCCAUCCAGCCAGCGCUGCUUCAAGGCCAAUGAGUCUCAGUGUCAAGAUGUGGACUUCGCUCCAGGAUCUGACCUGGCAGGAGAAGGCUUUGACAUCACCACCAUGCAACGGAAAGGAGCCUUUGUCCUCGACAUGAGCACUUGGCUCAAUAAGGACAAGUCCUGCACUCUGUGUAAAAACCCCUACAUGGGAGGUCAAACUCAGAAGCUCCCGGUUUCUGUGGUGGACUGGAGACCGACUCAGAAUUGCCAAGUAAAAUUAUCCAGCUCGAUCUACCAGUCCAGCGAAGCCCUGCUCCGCUCCAGCUCCUCCUCUAUUGAAAACAACUGGACGGCAGGUUUACACAUAAUCACUCCAAAAGUCCAGGGAUCACUGAUACUGGCAGGCAGUCACUCCAAGCUGGCUGAAUAUUCACUGGGGAAAUCCAAGAAAGACAAGUUCAGCUUCACCAGUCAUGCUGUCUCAUGUGGAUAUUACAGAUACAGGGUUUCGAGUAGUCCACUCCUGCACCCAGAGUUCAUCGAGGAAUUUAAAAGUCUCCCUGAGAUCUAUGAUGAGUCUUCAAAAUACCUCUAUUACAAGCUGAUUGACAAGUUUGGUACUCAUUAUAUCUCAAAGGUGACUCUGGGAGGAGAGGUUCGGUCUGUGACCAGCAUCAAGGAGUGUGAGGCGUCUCUGCAGGGUCUGAGUGUGGACGAGGUGAAGAUGUGUCUUGGCGUGGAGGCUUCUGUCAGCAUAGGAAUAGUUCCAAAGCUGUUGCCCGAGGUAAAACACUGCAAGCAGUCCACUUACAAGACAUUAAGAAACAAGAGCUUUGCUAACAGCUUCAGUGACAGGGAUACAAAUGUGAUUGGUGGCUACACUCAGAGUGUCGACCUCCUUUUCUCAUCAAAUACUGACCCAGUAGCCUAUAAGGAGUGGGUGACAUCUCUUCCUGCUCACCCUGAUGUGAUUUCCUACGCACUCGAGUCCAUUCACGAAUUGCUGCCAGCGAAGACACAACCACGAGCACAUUUGCGUAAUGCCAUCAAGGACUACAUCCUCCAGAGGGGCCUGCUGAAAAACUGCACAAGUCCAUGUGAGAUUGGUGUGAAGACCAAUUCUCAGGAGCCGUGCAAAUGCAGCUGCCACAACAACCCAGGCAUAGCCCUCAACUGCUGCCCCUCUCAGAGAGGAUAUGCUAAAGUCACCAUAACUGCAAUUAAAGCCACAGGAUUAUUUGGAGAUUUUUUUGGAGAUGAGACAGAUGCAUUUGUGAAGGUUAUUAGCAAUGAAAAAAUCACCCUCGGUCAGACAUCUGUGAUAUUGAAUAACAACUCGCCCAAUUGGGAGUGGGAUUUCCAUCUUGGAUCUGUGGACCUUACUCAUUUCAGCAGUGUCCAGCUGGAGGUGUGGGAUGAGGACAGUAACUCAGAUGAUGACCUUCUUGGGACAUGUAAUGUUCAACUGAAAUCUGGAGUGGUCAAUGAUGUCUGUGCACUCAAUCAUGGAUUGUUGUAUUAUAAAGUGCAGGUGACGUGCGUUCCCGGUUUGACCGGUCCUUUAUGCUUAAAGUAUAAGCCCUUUCCUAUGGACGAACAGCUGGAGAAAGUCUAUGUCUCCCGCAACGCUCGCCCCAUUCCCACAGGCAUGCUGGUGGAGAUGGGAGUGCUCCUCGAUGAACGUAUUCCUCGCUUUAACCAGAGCAACAUUCGCAAAAAUAAAGGCUUUGAGUUGUAGACCAAUUCAGUUCUUUGUGCACGCUUUCACAUUUUCAGACCAGCUAUUGUAAUGUUUAUAGUAGAGUAGGUGCACAUAAUAAUGGCACAUUACUACUAAACAUUUCCUCCUCAUUUGUGCUUCCAUUUGCCUUCUUUUUAAAGCCUAAUAAAAGUCUCACAAAGUAACAUACGGUAUUGUUAAAAUUGUGUAGUUUCUAAACAGCAUAUUCACAGCAACUGUUAUAAUGUUUAAAUUAGAAUAUUUUCACUUAAUAUUGGUACAUUACUACUAUAUACU